AUGUAUUUAAUAAUAGCAUUUUUUAGUUUAAUAAUUUCAGCAUUGAUAUGUUGGAUUAUUGAUCAACAAUUGUGUGAACGAAUGAACGGUGUAGGUGGAUUUAAUCCACAAUUGCAUGGUUGGUGGGAUGUAAUUUCUGCUCUUGACUGUCAUUUUGAAAUUGUAUGUAGAGAAGCGAUGCGUCUUUUAUCGAUAAAAUAUCAACAACAUCAAAUAAAACAUGUCAAAUCUUCUACGGAAUUAUUUCGACCGGAUUAUCAUUUACAUAUCAUAUUUUAUUGUGAAUUAUCAUUUAUAGAUUAUUCUGAUGAUGAGCAAAUGAAAGAAGCAAAAAAGUAG